AUGGCCAGCCGCAGCGGAAACACAGAUCGCACCCUGGUGAUGGGCGGAGGGGGCGGCACCACACGGCCGUCUAUGGCGCCGCAGCAGUCGGGGGGCGUGGUUAAGGCGCGGCAGUUGACACAUCUGCACUCGCAGCUGGCGCAGCUCUCGGCCAACCUCGCCAAUACGGAAAACCUGCUGCGCAUGACGAGCGUCCAAGCUGAGGCCAUGAGAGGGUUGGGAAGCUGGCAUGGUGGAAUGUUCAUGGCAGCAAGCAAGGUUCUGGGCGAGGAGUCAGUGAAAGAACAGCCUCCGCAACAUGGAGGGAGUCAGAGAUGA